AUGUCGAGCCCGGGGGAGUCAAGAACGCUGGCUUCGGCCUUUGACAGCCCGACGUUCGGGGAGGAUAGCUCGUUUCAUGUAGAGCAGCCAGUGGGGUCUAUGUCAAUAUCUCCAUGCGGACGAGAUGUUGUCCUUGCUUCAAAGGAGGGUCUCCACAUAAUCGAUCUGGAUUCUCCAUACUCGCCUCCACGGUUUCUCCCACACCACACUCCUUGGGAAGUGGCAGACGUCCAAUGGUCUCCAUUCGCCGCUCGUGACUUUUGGGUCGUGAGUACCUCGAAUCAAAAGGCGUUGGUAUGGAACUUGGCGAUGAAGACCUGGGAAAACUCGAUUGAGCACGUUCUGCACGCCCAUUCACGAGCAAUUACCGAUAUCAAUUUUUCAGCACAUCAUCCUGAUAUCUUAGCUACCUGCGCAGUCGACAGUUUUGUCCACUGCUGGGACCUGAGAAUCCCCACGAAGCCCGUCAUCUCGUUUUCUGACUGGUUUGCCGGCGCAACUCAGGUUAAAUGGAAUCGGCAAGAUCCCCACGUCAUUGCAAGUUCCCAUGACAAAUAUCUUCGGAUCUGGGAUGAUCGCAUGGGGGCGACACCGAUCAGAUCCAUUGAAGCUCACAGCACGAAGAUAUAUGGUGUUGACUGGAAUAGAAUGCGACCGGGUGCCGUUGUCACAUGCUCUUUGGAUAAAACCAUCAAGUUCUGGGACUACACGGCUGAAGGGGAUGUUCCUGAGAAGCAAAUCAAGACCCCUUUCCCAGUCUGGCGUGCAAGACAUACGCCCUUUGGUUGGGGCAUUCUAGCCAUGCCACAGCGAGGCAAUAAUGAUCUCCAUCUCUAUAGUCGUCGAGCACCAGAAGGAAGCAAUCCUGCUGAAGGACUGCCUCUGGUGCACAGCUUUCCAGGACACAAGGGCCAGGUGAAGGAAUUUCUUUGGCGACCACGAGGGGCAGUGAUUGAUGGGGUGGACCAUCGAGAGUUCCAGCUGGUAUCCUGGGGUGCAGAUCGAGAGCUACGUCUUCAUCGUGUAGAUCCUGAAAUCUUACGUGGCGUUGGCUACGAGAAGGGCAAGUCUUUUGUUCCUACCCUCAACGUCACCCGCAAAGGUGCCGUCUACAAAACCUUCCGUGAUGAGCCCCCUGACCAGGAUCUUGGGGACUCACUGUAUGCUGAAACCAUUAUUUCCCCCGGUUCCCGUCCUCGAUUCAGUGCCGGUAUAGGUAUGAACAACGUGUCAAUGCCGUACGCUCGUGCUUGGUCCUCGGGAGGCAAUGUGGACUCGAGAGUCGGUAUGCAAGGACGGUCAUAUAUCAGAACUGAUGUCAAUCCGAUAGCUUGGAUGCGUGGCGUAAAGAUAUCGAGCUGGGACGUCGAAACUUUGGGAGACGAAAUUACCCACGUUGGUGAGAAAUUUACCAAGGUGGUUUUUGAAUCAGUCGAUGUCAGACAACGAAAGGCCACGAUAUCCCUCCAUGGACCUUGGGGCCCAGAGGGGGCUUCAUUAUUUUUGAAGGUCGACAUUAAAUUCCCUAUCGACUAUCCUCGGGCUGCGAUACCCGUCUUCCGUAUCCAAAAAACUGCCUCUAUGACGGACGAACUUGCUGAGAAACUCACAUCAGAACUGCGAACUAUUUCAGAAACCUAUCUUUCUCGAAAGAGAGGUUGUCUUGAAGGAGCAUUGCGUUAUCUUCUGGGAGAGUGUAAUCUCGAAGAGAGCAUUGCAUUAGUGCUUGGCGAAACCACAGAAGCAGUCAAGUCACCGGUCAAUGGCUUGGAGGAUGAUGAAUCCAGCGAUGAGGAUGAAGAAGUGGGGACUUUCCAGAAACAAGACCUCGGAAUGAGCUCUGAACUGCUUCGGCCGGUGACGGCGAAUGUGAUGGUCCCUGUUGCCAGGGUCUGCGGCGCGACUUGGAGUCAUGAUGGACGGCUCGUCUGUUUCUUUCCGCCGAAGAAAGAUAAGUCGAGUUCUCUUUUCGAUUCCUUGGGGUUCAAGGAAAUGACCAGGCUGUCAAGAAAUGAGAAGGUAUUUGAAGGCUUUGGUCGCCUGCAAACCAGUUCGCCUGGACGACAAACAACAGCAGGGACAGGCACUGGUACAGGAACGAUGAGCGUUACUGAUGAUGGGGCUUCUGAUUAUUCGGACGAUUCUUCUACCGCAUCUUCCAGUUCAUCUGGGUCUUCUGAUAUCUUAUCGGCAUUACCGAAUCGUUUUCAAGCGCCACCACCGUGGCGUAACGUGGGUAGCCUUGGGUACUAUCGCACACGAUCCGCCGAUAAUUCCCAGCUCUCUACAGUUGGUGGCGGGCCUGGGACUGCGAAGUCGAUGGAUGCCCCACAUAACGUGGUAUCUAUACAUGACCUGAGUGAACUAUUGCCAGCGAAACGGGAAUUGGCGGCCCAGUAUCGGAUAUUUGGGAAUGGUGCAGACGUAUGUGCGCACAAUGCAGCGGUCGCCGCAGAUGCAGGUUAUCCCCAUCUGGCUCAGGUCUGGGGCUUGUUGAGGUUGAUUCUGCACAACCAAGGAGAUUCAAGAGCAGCAUCCGACGCAGAGACAGAGCUUCUUGCACGGCCAAUAAAUGGAAGCAUCAAUAGAAGAGAUAGUGGUAUAGACUUGACAGAUGACUUUGUGAAGAAGAAUCAGUCUCCGAAAGCAAAGCCAUUCAGCGAAGCCCGGUGGGGUGAACAUGCUCUCGGAGCUCGGUGGCUGGUUCCAGCGCUGUUCGAUCACUUUGAACAGAUUGGUGAUGUGCAGAUGCUUGCAAUGCUCUCGUGCAUUUUCCACGAGCAGUGCCUAAAAACACCAUCGGUCCGAAAGGAGCAGCGCAGAGAGGUAUCAUCUAACCAGGAGCAUUCUCCGUUCGCAGUUGAUUUCUUCCCAUCCAAGAUAGCCGGCGAGACUAAGUCCCAAGUGGCGACUCCUUUAACGUCGGUGUCAAAAGAAAGCCCCGACAGUCCAGCUGUCCAGAGUCCGCACGUCCCUACAGAACCCUGGAACAGUGUCUCCACGACGCCGUAUUCUACAGGCACCACUUCUCCCAUGGUAGCUCACCCUUCUCGCCCGGUGUCGGAUCGACGAUCUCACAACCAGUCUUUUUCGGUAUCUGCAUCUCCUGAUCACCAGGGUAUAUCAAGAAGUGGCUCUGGUAUUGGUACGGCUCUCGCGUCUUCUUUAUCUCGAUCUUUCACUUUCGGGCCUUCAUCAGCAUCGUCGCCGCCGAGCAACAACAUCAAAAGGAAAUCCAGCCCGAACGGAAGUCUAAACAUCCCGGCCACAGGCGGUUGGACUGGCGGCAUUUUCAGCAAAGCUGUAUCGGCGAUUCCAGACUACCUGACCACAUCAACCGCAGUAGCCUCCCAGACCCACUCUGAUGCAGAUAGCGAGAAACGGAAUCCCACCAAACAACCGGUUAAGGUCAAGGUGGCUUUCAAGAAUCGAAACUCGUUUGACAGUGAGGACGACCUUUAUAGCACUUUUAUUGAUCCCAAGCGAGAUUGGCUUUACAGGUCGUACCGCAAUGCAUACGCCAACUUGCUAUUCAUCUGGGGUUUACCCAUUCAGCGAAGUGAAGUUCUCAAGGUUGGUGGGACGCGGGACCAAUUCACUGAUAUAACUCAUCUUGGCCGGCGGAGUCGUCAAGUCUCGCUUGCACUCCCGACUCCUAAACGUAAAGAGAGUGCUUCUACAACGGAAGUAGUUUCUAAAACGGGGGGCUUGGAUGUUCAAAGACACUGCACGCAAUGUGGGAAUGCUCUGCAGGAGUCCGUUUUCUCGUCCACUGUCGCAAAGGAACCUAACACGAGUGGGAAGAUUGGAAAGUCUUCCACACCUAUACUCUGUUCCAGAUGUAAAGCGGCGCAGCCCUUGUCUACUAAAAUUCCAUGUGUUAUUUGUGGCGAGACUGUUGGCGGAAUGUUCACUCCCUGUUUAGAGUGUGGACACGUUAGUUGCUUUGGAUGCCAUCAGCAAUGGUUCUCACAAGGGUUAGCGAGUGGCAUUGAUGACCAGGAUCAGGUCGUCAGUAAUGGCGAUGAUGGCAGUGGUGCAUUACGAGCACCGGUCUGUCCCAGUGGAUGCGGCUGCAGCUGUUCCGAGCACGAGGUUAUCAAUGUCCCUAUGCCUGCCAGCCCACGCCCAGCGGAGCAGGGGAGUAACAACGGCGGACGCCAUUUCCGAAGCAAAUCGCAAUCCCAGCCGUCUGAAGCAGCGAGCGGUCAGCACUCACAACUAGUCGGACAGAGUGAAGACGAUCUGGAGAGCUGGCGUGUGUCGCCCUUUGCAACUCUGGCCAGAGGCCUUGGAGGCGGCCUAAGCCGUGGGUUGCAUGGGCGAGACGACCGAAGCAAGCCUUCAACCGCAGCAGGUCCUCGAGCCGGUUCCUUAGGAAGGAAAACAGCCCUCGAUCGGAUGGAGACCAUGUAG